UUCUCAACUUCAUCGAGGCAGAUUUGAGUUCUAGCCAACGAGUGCACUUCAUGUUGAUUACGAUGAAGAGAACACGAUGGUGUGGCUGGCGGCUCUCAUUCACCGCGUUUGUGGUGGUGAACUUUUUGCCAGGAGGAUAUAGCGAUUCUGACCCCAUCGAGAACUGCAAGCCCAAGGGCGGCGAGACGAUCCUGUGCAACGACAGGACAGAGAUAUGUCGCAAAUUAAACCUAGCAGUGAUCUAUGACGUGGAAAACUAUUGCAGCAAGGGUGAAGUUCCUUACUUCAAUCCUGCCUUCAUCUGCAACUGUGACGUCAUUUGCGUCGGAGCGCUCGAGGAAGGUGCGGAGUGCAGCAUGAACUUCGCUAACGACUACCCAAAAGAUCUGUGCGGGAACGGCCUCGACUGUAUAUCCAACGGCAGAACGUAUACAUGCCAGAGAAACCACAUGAAGCCAUGCGUCAAUAGGACCAUCGCGUACGAGAACGCGGCGGCAGACGGGAUGCUCAGCCCAGGUCUCCUCCUCCCCGCCUGUAGCGAUAUCGGGAAAUAUGGGCCAGUGCAGUGUUCUACAUCUUCUACAUGUUACUGCACUGAUACUGAUGGCAACAGGCUCUUUGGAGAGGCCGCGUACACUGAGAAGGAUGCCAUGGACUGUCAAUGUUCGUUGCACUGGCAAAGGAACGACAAGCUCGGAUUGACGGAAGGAAUGCGGUGCUUAAGUAACGGCAAUUUGGAUUCCCUGCAGUGCAACGAGGAUUUCUGCUUCUGCUACAAUUCAACUAAGAAAGCCAUCGAUCAGGGCCCUUAUCAUCCUACUAUGAUGAAGCUCCUCGACUGCUACAACGAGUCCUAUCACUCACCCAACUACACCAACCCCUGCACCGUGGCCGAGCAGCUUUACUUGCAACAAAACCCGGAGGAUGCAGACUCCAUCGCCAUAGGCAUCAGUCUGAAACCGAACUGUUCCCUUGAUGGUUUCUUCGCUGCGAUUCAGAGCCACGAAGAAAAUGACUUCAUCUGCGCUGACUCGAAUGGAAAACAAAUAGAAAAUUUCCAGUUUUCAGUUGCGGAAAAACCAAAAAUGACCUGCAACUGCGCCAGACGCAGACACGUGAUGCGCCAGGCUGGACUUGACGCCUUCCUACCCGAGUGUUGCCCCAACGGCAACUUCAAGUCCAGACAGACGCGCGGGCUUUACUCCUUCUGUGUAGACGGCAACGGUGACCAGGUCGGAGAGGCCAAAUACGCCACUGAAGACAUUGACUGUGGGGGAGAUUGUGUGGAAUAACUCCGUACAACCACAAUUUUUAUUCAACAGCUGUAAUGAACAAUUAUUUUAUCAGCCAGUAAAGAUUCAGACGUUUUAACUUUAAUUGCUAAACUGACUGCUGAAGUGCAACCCAAAUUGGCGACCAACGCUGAACUCAAACUCACUUUUGCAAUUUUUGAGAAAUGAGCGAAAUUCAUUGGAAGCAGCGGCAUUGGCGACUCCUGUUAAAUCAUUGAUUUGAAAUGAGAGUUAUAUUCAAUUUCAAGUUUCCAGUAAAUUAUCAGUAAAUCGUAUUACUAUUUCAAUCAAUUAUUGGAUCAAAUCAUUAUUGUUUCACUUCUCCACACAUUAAUACUAUCUGUCGGUGGAGUUUUAAACUAAAAGAUUUCGUAAAAUAAAUUAUCGAUACAACUUAGCGGUUGCCUAAGUUCAUAUGUCACGUCAGUUUAAUUCUUCAAGUCAGAUUCUUUAAUCGUUUUAAUUAUGGGAUUUUACUGCCAGAAAUAAUUAAUUAUCAUUAUGAAAAAAGCGUCGUACCGAUAAAUAAAUUUAUUGAGCCGUAAAUAUCACAUUCUUGUGAACCUCGCUUUAAACAUUGAAUUACAACGGCCAUGUGAUAGACCUCGAGUGCGCACUGUUCAUAUCGGUAUCUAUAAUAAAAUAAUAUUCGUUUGCGGAUUACGUUUUAACGACAACGCUCCCAAAGAGGCCAAUGUCUCCGAUGUUACUAAUCUACAAUGAAUUUCUUUUGUAUUUUCA